AUGGUAACAGCAGAGGAUAAGGACAUGGAGAGGAGCAGGGUCCUCGUCAUUGGUGGCACGGGCCACAUUGGCAAGCAUAUCGUUGCUGCAAGUCUCUGCCUCGGCCACCCAACUGCUAUCCUCUUCAAGGAAUUUGCACCAUCUAACCAAGUUAAGGUGCAGCUCCUCAACGGUUGGCUUAAUUCCGGUGCUUGUCUCCUCAAGAGGUUUGUGCCAUCUGAGUUCAGCUCAAAUGUGGACUGGCUCCACACGGUGGAUCCAGCGGCGUCACUGUACACUGUGAAAGCCAACCUCCGAGACCAAGUCCCAAGCAUCGAUGAUGUCACGGCCAUCGGUACUGGCCCUCCGGCCAGCAAGAUCACCAUCCUAGGAGAUGGCCAUGCCAAAGCUGUGUUUGUGGUGGAAGAUGGCAUCGCCGCCUAUACAAUGAGGGCGGUUGAUGAUGAGAGGACCCUGAACAAGAUACUGUACAUGAGGCCGCCCAUGAACGUGGUGUCCCACAACGAGCUCAUUUCGGUGUGGGAGAAGAAGGCAGGCAGGACUUGCAGAGGUGCACCUCCCAGAGGAGGAAAUUCUGAAGUGGAUCAAAGGUGCUUACUGCUCAUAUCAUUCUGA